CGUGAGUGUUACGCUCGUCUAUGGUUACGCUAGGCAGGGUUUUGCUACAAAUCCACUCUUAUAAUUUGCAAGAUACACAGGGACGUUCAUAUCAUCUAAGUUAUAUGAAUCAGUCUCGGCUUUAAUUCAUUCGCACUUGUGAUUACAAACGCAAAAUGGAAGUUGAAAACAGAGCUAAAAAGAGGAGUUAUGACGAGGACCAAAAGUCCGGCUCAGGAGCCUCGGAGGAAGAUGAUUACGUGCCAUACAUUCCAGUCAAGGAGAGGAAAAAGCAGAUGCUCGAGAAAAUCCAGCGUCUGCGGGGCAAAGGACUGCUGGAGGAGGAGAACAAGGAGAGCGGUGGAGAACAGAGGGACGAAGACGAGGGGCUCGGCCCGCGCUCCAACGUAAGCCUGCUGGACCAGCAUCAGCACCUCAAGGAGAAGGCAGAAGCUCGCAAAGAAUCAGCCAAAGAAAAGCAGCUGAAAGAGGAAGAGAAGAUUCUGGAGAGUGUAGCAGAAGGGAGAGCUUUGAUGUCUGUGAAGGAGAUGGCUAAAGGCAUCACAUAUGAUGACCCAAUCAGAACAAGUUGGAAGCCCCCACGGUACAUCUUAGCUAUGCCCCCAGCAAGGCAUGAUAGAGUGAGGAAGAAGUAUCACAUUCUUGUGGAGGGGGAAGCGGUUCCUUCACCAAUCAAGAGCUUCAGGGAGAUGAAAUUCCCUCAGGCUAUUUUGAAGGGACUGAAAAAGAAGGGAAUUGUACACCCGACACCUAUUCAAAUCCAAGGAAUCCCAACCAUUCUCUCUGGGCGAGACAUGAUUGGCAUUGCAUUCACUGGCUCUGGGAAAACCCUGGUCUUCACUCUGCCCAUCAUCAUGUUCUGCUUGGAGCAGGAGAAGAGGUUACCUUUCAACAAGCGUGAAGGGCCCUACGGCCUCAUCAUAUGCCCUUCGAGAGAGUUGGCCAGGCAGACCCACAGCAUCAUUGAGUACUACUGCAAGCUCCUGGAGGAGGAAGGGGCACCCCAGAUGCGCACUGCCCUGUGCAUUGGUGGCAUGUCUGUCAAGGAGCAGAUGGAGGUGGUCAAGCAUGGAGUACACAUGAUGGUGGCCACCCCAGGCAGACUCAUGGACCUGCUCCAGAAGAAGAUGGUGAGCUUGGACAUCUGUCGAUACCUCGCCCUGGAUGAGGCUGACAGAAUGAUUGACAUGGGUUUUGAAGAGGACAUCCGAACGAUUUUCUCCUAUUUCAAGGGUCAAAGACAAACCUUGCUGUUCAGUGCUACCAUGCCCAAGAAGAUUCAAAACUUCGCCAAGAGUGCUCUGGUCAAGCCCAUCACUAUCAACGUGGGGCGAGCAGGUGCUGCCAGCUUGGAUGUCAUUCAGGAAGUGGAGUACGUGAAAGAAGAGGCUAAAAUGGUCUAUCUUCUGGAGUGUCUGCAGAAAACCCCUCCACCAGUGUUGAUAUUUGCGGAGAAAAAGGCUGAUGUGGAUGCCAUUCAUGAGUAUCUUCUUCUAAAGGGCGUGGAAGCUGUUGCCAUCCAUGGAGGGAAAGAUCAAGAAGAGCGAACCAAAGCCAUUGAGGCAUUUAAAGAGGGGAAGAAGGAUGUCUUGGUGGCCACUGACGUUGCUUCCAAAGGUCUGGACUUCCCAGCCAUACAGCAUGUGGUCAACUAUGACAUGCCAGAGGAGAUCGAGAACUAUGUGCACAGAAUAGGAAGAACAGGACGUUCAGGGAAGACUGGAAUUGCAACAACAUUUAUCAACAAGGGCUGCGAUGAGUCUGUACUCAUGGACCUAAAGGCCUUGUUAAUCGAAGCAAAGCAGAAAGUCCCACCAGUUCUACAGAUUUUGCAGACAGGGGACGAGACCAUGCUCGACAUUGGAGGAGAAAGAGGUUGUACAUUCUGCGGUGGCCUGGGCCAUCGUAUCACAGACUGUCCCAAACUGGAGGCCGUGCAGACCAAGCAGGUCACCAACAUCGGCCGCAAAGACUACCUGGCUCACAGUUCUAUGGACUUCUGAGUCGGCUUUGUCAGCAGCCGUGUCGAAUACUUCAAGGUCAAAGCCAAGAAAGUAUUUUUGGUAUCGGACCAAUCGUUGUGUACAGUGCAGUAUCAUGUUCACAUAGGUUUUAUACUUCUGCAACGUUUUGGGCAAACUGUGGUUUUGUAGUUCUGGGUGGCUUGUUUUAGGCCUGUUGGUGUGGUGCGAUGUGGUGUACAUGCCAAGCAACUGACCUUCGUGCAAGUCAUCACAGCCUGCAAAACUCUGUAGAAAGAAAAUGCAUCUCUUUAAUCUUCAUACGGUGUCCUUUUUGUCCUUGCCUAUGACUUCAUGAAAAUAUGUAAAUAAAGUUUUUAAGCACA